ACAAAGAUUUAAAUCUUGACAAGAACAGUCCAGCAUUUCCCUAUGGAGCCUCUCAAGUUGAAGAUAUGGGGAAUAUUAUUUUAACACUAAUAUCUGAACCAUACAAUCACCGAUUUUCGGAUCCAGAAAGAGUGAACUACAAAUUUGAAAGUGGACCUUGCAGCAAGAUGGAGCUUGUAGAUGACAAUGCUGUUAUCCGAGCAAGAGGAUUGCCAUGGCAGUCAUCUGACCAGGACAUAGCAAGAUUCUUCAAAGGCCUAAAUAUUGCCAAGGGAGGUGCUGCACUCUGUCUCAAUGCCCAAGGUAGGAGGAAUGGGGAGGCCCUUGUGAGGUUUGUCAGCGAAGAGCAUAGAGAUCUAGCGCUACAAAGGCACAAACAUCACAUGGGGAAUCGAUACAUUGAGGUAUACAAGGCAACAGGUGAAGACUUCCUGAAAAUUGCAGGAGGUACUUCCAAUGAGGUUGCGCAGUUCUUGUCAAAAGAAAACCAAGUGAUCGUCAGGAUGCGAGGUCUUCCUUUCAAUGUAACAACAGAAGAAGUGCUGACUUUCUUUGGCCAACACUGCCCUGUAACAGGAGGGAAGGAGGGAGUCCUGUUUGUCACAUACCCUGACAGUAGGCCGACAGGGGAUGCCUUUGUCUUGUUUGCUUGUGAGGAAUAUGCACAAAAUGCACUGAAAAAGCAUAAGGACUUGCUGGGGAAAAGGUACAUUGAACUCUUCAGAAGCACUGCAGCAGAAGUUCAGCAGGUGCUGAACAGGUACUCUUCCACACCUCUCAUUCCUCUUCCAACACCUCCUAUUCUUCCAGUAUUACCUCAACAGUUUGUGCCUCCCACUAACAUCAGAGACUGCAUACGUUUGCGUGGUCUUCCCUAUGCUGCUACUAUAGAGGACAUCCUGGAGUUCUUGGGAGAGUUUUCCACAGAUAUUCGGACCCAUGGAGUUCACAUGGUGCUGAACCACCAGGGGCGUCCAUCAGGAGAUGCUUUUAUUCAGAUGAAAUCUGCAGAUAGAGCUUUCCUGGCUGCACAGAAGUGUCAUAAGAAGACUAUGAAGGACAGAUAUGUUGAAGUCUUUCAAUGUUCUGCUGAGGAGAUGAACUUUGUAUUAAUGGGGGGCACUUUAAAUCGAAAUGGCUUGUCCCCACCACCAUGUAAGUUACCAUGCCUUUCACCCCCUUCCUACUCCUUUCCAGCUCCUGCUGCAGUUGUGCCAACAGAAGCUGCUCUGUAUCAACCAUCCAUGCUCCUGAACCCACGAACACUCCAGCCCUCCACAGCCUACUACCCUGCUGGGGCUCAGCUCUUCAUGAACUACACAACAUAUUACCCCAGUAUGCAGCAGAGGAUGGACUUGUACACACAAAUGAUCCGGCCAGGACAGUGUUCAAAGAAUGGAUUUGCAUUUAAAGGCCCCAGCAGUUAGACUUCCUUAGAGAAGGUAAGGAUAAUGAACCCCAGGAGAUGGGGUUUGGGGUCAUCGUAGUGUUUGCUUCAGAUAACCACCAUAUUCAACAUAACUCUU